AUGGAGAAGCUGGCGGCCGGGCUGGCCGGGCUGCGCUGGAGCAUGGGCGCUUUCCCGCUCGACCUCAUCGUCAGCCGCUGCCGCCUGCCCACACUCGCCUGCCUCGGGCCAGGGGAGUACGCUGAGGGUGUCAGUGAGCGUGACAUCUUGCUGAUCCACUCCUGCCGCCAGUGGACGACAGUGACAGCCCACACGCUGGAGGAGGGCCACUACGUCAUUGGGCCCAAGAUUGACAUUCCCCUGCAGUACCCAGGCAAGUUCAAACUCCUGGAGCAGGCUCGGGAUGUCCGGGAGCCAGUGAGGUACUUCAGCAGCGUGGAGGAGGUGGCCAGUGUUUUUCCUGACCGAAUCUUUGUGAUGGAGGCCAUUACCUUCAGCGUCAAGGUGGUGUCAGGCGAGUUCAGCGAGGACAGCGAGGUGUACAACUUCACACUGCAUGCGGGGGACGAGCUCACUCUCAUGGGCCAGGCAGAGAUUCUGUGCGCCAAGACCACCAAGGAGCGCUCGCGGUUCACCACGCUCCUGCGCAAGCUGGGCCGCGCUGGGGCCUUGGCCGGAAUGGGUGGCCCCGGGAGCGUGGGGGGCGCUGGGGGUGGCGGCGGGGCCGCGAGGCCCGUCAAAGGCAAGAUGCCCUGUCUCAUCUGCAUGAACCACCGUACCAACGAAAGCCUGAGCCUGCCCUUCCAGUGCCAGGGCCGCUUCAGCACGCGCAGUCCGUUAGAGCUGCAGAUGCAGGAGGGAGAGCACACGGUGCGCGCCAUCAUCGAGCGCGUGCGGCUGCCAGUGAACGUGCUGGUCCCCAGCCGGCCGCCACGUAACCCCUACGACUUACACCCGGUGCGGGAGGGUCACUGCUACAAGCUGGUCAGCAUCAUCUCCAAGACGGUGGUGCUGGGGCUGGCGCUGCGCCGCGAGGGUCCGGCGCCGCUGCAUUUCCUGCUGCUCACCGACACGCCGCGCUUCGCCCUGCCGCAGGGCCUGCUGGCCGGGGACCCGCGUGUCGAGCGCCUGGUGCGCGACAGUGCCUCUUACUGUCGCGAGCGCUUCGAUCCGGACGAGUAUUCCACAGCCGUGCGCGAGGCGCCCGCAGAGCUCGCCGACGACUGCGCCAGCCCGCGCCGCGCGCGCCUCUGCCUGCCUGCACCGCGCGCUCCUGGACUCGUCCGCGCGCCCGGACCACCGGGUCGGCUCGGGCCAGCCCUGCCCGCGCUCGGCGACGGCGACCAGGAGUACGUGAGCCCGGAUUGGGCGGGUGCGACGGAAACCACGGCCGCGUGCGCCGAGAUCCCGUACGAAGAGCUGUGGGUGCACCAGGCCUCCGAGAACCUCGUCGAUGCCCGUGUCCGGCCGCUGCCAGGGCCGGACCUCAUCUCCUUCGGGACCGUGGGGUCCCCACGUCAUGAGUCCGAGGCACCGCCGCCUCCUGUCCCCCCCAAAUCCGAGGCGGUAAAGGAAGAGUGCCGGCUGCUUCAUGCCCCUCCUGUACCUCCUCGGGGCGGCAGCAGCUGCAACAGGCUCACAGGCAGCCCCCCAGUGCCACCUCGCUUUCCCAAGCUGCAGCCUGUCCACUCACCCAGCUCCAGCCUCUCCUAUUAUUCCUCAGGCCUGCAGGAUGGGGCAGGAUCCCGCAGUGGCAGUGGUUCCCCGUCACCGGAUGCCUACUCCCUCUAUUGUUACCCUUGCACCUGGGGAGACUGCAAAGCCAGCGAAUCCUCUAGCCGUCCACCCCCAGGACCCAUGCCUUCCACCACCACUCAGCCCAGCCAGGCCUCAAGAGCCCUAGCAGAGCCUCCGAGUGGUCGGACCAGCUCCCUCUUAGGGGCUGACACCCCAGUGGUUAAGAACUACCAUGGUUGCCCACCUCCGUUCAAGCCCUCCCACCCCCAGAAGCGUUUUGCUCCAUUUGGUGCGCUCAACCCCUUUUCUGGGCCUGCCCACCCUUCAGGUGCUCCAGUGGCCUCCUCCUCUGGGUCCACAUCCACCUCGGGUGCCCUGGCUACCUCCAGCCCCACACAUUCCCGGGGCCCAGGCCCUCAGGGCCAAGGUUACUCAGCUGCCCUGUCCUCCUCCCUGUCCUCCUCUGAGUGGCAGGAGCCAGCACUGGAACCCUUGGACCCGUUUGAGCUGGGGCAGGCUAGUUCUCCAGAGCUGGAGCUGCUGCGCUGUCAGGAGCCCAGAGCUGUGGGGACACCUGGGUCUGGACCUUGCCUUUCACCACUUGGUCCUCCUAAGGCCUUUGAGCCUGAAGGUUUGGUGCUGAGGCAGGUCCCUGCCUCAUUGUCACCAGCUGCCUUGCAGGGGCCCGAGACAGGAGGGACCCUACUCUUUCUCACUCAAGGGGGCCUGGAAGGGCCUCCUGGCAGUCCCCGGGAGGGAGCCACAGGCACUGGAGUGCGGGAUGCGCCCCCCUGGCAGCCACCAGCGGACUUGUCUGCCCUCUCCCUGGAAGAGGUCUCUCGCAGCCUGCGCUUCAUUGGGCUCUCCGAGGACGUGGUUAGCUUCUUUGCCCGAGAACGCAUUGAUGGAAGCAUCUUCGUGCAGCUCAGUGAAGACAUCUUGGCUGACGACUUCCAUCUCACCAAGCUGCAGGUCAAGAAGAUCAUGCAGUUCAUUAAGGGCUGGAGACCCAAGAUCUGA